AUGCCUUAUAAACGCAAUUCCCUUACAAAACAUGCUAUAAAUCACAUUUUAAAAGCUAGAAGAGAAAAUACUACAAUAUCAAUUAUAUUUAAUAUUAUUAAGACUAUAUUGUUUUAUAUUGAAGGGGGGCGGGAUUUAUACUUGACCAGACGAUCAGCUUUCUGACUCUCAGGUAGCGAAUUCAAGCACUCUUUCAUAAGUAACCACAGUGGAGCGUUAUUCGGAGGCAAUUAG